AUGAAAGGUGUACAAAACAUUUACAACGAUGCUUACAGCGUCUCGUCCUUGCUCGUAUUUUUUGUCCUGAUUCUGUUUCGUCCGGCACUCUCGAUCAGUGCCGCCAAUAGAUUGUCGUCUUCAGAGUCUCUGACAAUCUCAAGCAACAGAACACUUGUAUCUCCCGGCGGAGCCUUCGAGCUUGGUUUCUUCAAACCCUCGGCACUUCCGCGUUGGUAUCUCGGAAUACGGUAUACCAAAGUCUCAGAGAAGAGCUACGCAUGGGUCGCCAACAGAGACAACCCUCUCUCUACAUCCAUUGGGGCCCUCGAAAUCUCUGGCAACAAUCUUGUCCUGCUAGAUCAGUUCAAUAAAACUGUUUGGUCGACGAAUCUUACUAGCGGAGAUGCGCCGGUGACGGCAGAGGUUCUUCCCAACGGAAACUUUGUACUGAGACACUCCGACAACGACGACCCUAGUGAAUUCUUGUGGCAGAGUUUCGAUUUUCCUACAGAUACUUUACUUCCGGAGAUGAAGCUAGGUAUCGACCACAAAAAGGAGCGCAACUGGUUCCUUACAGAAUGGAGAGCUCCAGACGAUCCGGCGAGCGGGAACUUCACGUUCAACCUCGAAACUCAAUGGGGAUUGCCUGAAUUUAUUCUUCGUAUGAAUGGAUGGCCAGUGGCAAGGAGCGGUCCCUGGGAUGGAAUCGAGUUUAGCGGCAUACCGUCGAUGCAAGGAUCAGAUUACAUGGUUUCCAAUUUUACGGAUAACGCUUACAGCUUCCGUAUGACCAACCAUAGCAUCUACUCGAUAUUGACAACGAGAGACUGGAUGCUCGAGCGAGUCACGUGGACCUCGACAUCAUCGGAAUGGAAGCGGUCCGUGGAUUUUUUAUUCACGGGUAUCUGCGAUGCUUACUCUAGUUGUGGUGGGCCGAAUACUUACUGCGACCUAAACACGUUACCUCACUGUAACUGUCUUAGAGGGUUUGUUCCAAAUAACGACACAGAAUGGGCAGAGCGGGAUGAGAGGAUAGGCAGUUCAAUAUUUGGGUGUGUGAGGAAGAAGCAGCUUAACUGUGAAGGAGAUCUUGACUUUUUCGAGCUAAAUAAUACGAAGUGGCCGGAUACUAAGACUGCGACUGUGGAUCGGGGAAUCAUUGAUGUGAAGAAAUGCAAAGAGAGGUGUCUUAGCGAUUGUAACUGUACGUCUUUUGCGUUUGGAAAAAAUGGACUGGGUUGCGUGACUUGGACCGGAGACCUCGUUGAUAUCCGGACUUACUUCGAAGGCGGUCAUGCUCUCUUUGUUAAAGUAUCUGCUAAUGAUCCAGAUUUUUCCUCGGGAAAGAAGAGAGACCAAACUGGAAAAGUCAUAGGUUGGAGUAUUGGUGGAGUCAGCGUUAUGCUUAUUCUGAGUGUUAUCCUCUUCUGCUUUUGGAAGAGGAGACAGAAGCAAGCAAAAGCAGAUGCUGCAGCGCCUAUUGUGGGAAACCAAGUUCAAUUGAACGAGAUGGUGUUACCAAGAAGAAACAUAUUUUUUUCUGGAGAGGACGAAAUAGAAGAUUUGGAACUUCCAUUGAUUGAGUUUGAAGCUGUUGUCGCAGCCACCGAACAUUUCUCUCAUUCAAACAAAGUCGGAAAAGGUGGUUUUGGUGUUGUUUACAAGGGAAGGUUAAGUGACGGGCAAGAAAUUGCGGUGAAGAGACUAUCGGAAAUGUCAGCUCAAGGUACCGAUGAGUUCAUGAACGAAGUUAGGCUAAUAGCAAGGCUUCAGCAUGUCAACCUUGUGAGACUUCUUGGCUGUAGCGUUUACGCGGGCGAAAAAAUAUUAAUAUACGAGUACUUGGAGAAUCUAAGCCUCGAUUCUCAUAUCUUUGAUAAAACCAGAAGCUGUAUGUUAAAUUGGCAAAUGAGAUUUGAUAUCAUCAAUGGUAUUGCCCGAGGGCUUCUGUAUCUUCACCAAGACUCACGGUUUAGAAUCAUCCAUAGGGAUUUGAAAGCAAGCAAUGUCUUGCUUGACAAAGAUAUGGUUCCAAAAAUUUCAGACUUCGGAAUGGCUAGGAUCUUUGGACGGGAUGAGACGGAAGCUAACACGAGGAAGGUGGUCGGAACUUAUGGCUACAUGUCUCCAGAAUAUGCGAUGAACGGGACAUUCUCGAUGAAGUCAGAUGUGUUCAGUUUUGGGGUCUUGCUUCUUGAAAUUAUAAGUGGCAAGAGGAAUAAAGGCUUCUGCCACUCGGAUGGUAAUCUUAAUCUUCUGGGAUAUGUGUGGAAGCAAUGGAAUGAAAAUCAACGUCUAGAGAUACUAGACACGGCCGUAGAUUCUUCAUCACCAACGUUCAGGCCACGUGAAAUAUUAAGAUGCUUACAAAUUGGCCUCUUGUGUGUUCAAGAACAUGUAGAGGAUAGACCAAUGAUGUCGUCAGUAGUUUUGAUGCUCGGAAGUGAAGCAGUAUUUAUACCUCAACCUAAACGGCCAGGUUACUGCGUAGCCAGCGGAAGUUCUCUUGAUACUCGGAGUGAAGAUGAAGCUUGCACAGUUAACAAAUUCACCAUGUCAAUCAUUGACGCUCGGUGAUAUGAUGAUAAUAUUUCAUUCAGCAACCAGAUGAAGGGCCUCUACC